AUACUGCUUUAUAGUGGUUCUUACUGGUCCAUACUGGUUUAUACUGGUUCAUACUGGUUUUUAUGGGUCCGUACUGGUCCGUACUGGUUUAUACUGGUCCCGCAGGCGCCGCAGGGCCUCCCCAAGGGCUGGAGCCCCCAGGCUGAGGUGGAAUAUCGGCACCCGCUGGAGCCCGGCGGCAAAAAGGCCACGGGCGUGCCCCUCCCCCCCCGGUACAGCCCCCGCUACGUCGAGGCCGCCUGGUACCAGUGGUGGGAGAGGGGAGGGGUCUUCAGCCCCCCCCCGCCUGAGCAGGACGCGCUGGUCCGAUGGCGGAGGAUGCAGGGCUGGAGCGUCCUGUGGGUGCCGGGCACCGACCACGCUGGCAUUGCCACCCAGGCCAUCGUGGAGCGCUGGCUGUGGCAGCAGCGCCGCCUGCGCCGGCAGGACCUGGGCCGGGCCGAGUUCCUGCGCGAGGUUUGGCGCUGGAAGGAGCGGCACGGGGACGAGAUCCUGCAGCAGCUGCGGGCGCUCGGGGCCUCGCUGGACUGGAGCCGCUGCGCCUUCACCAUGGACCCCGGCUUCUCCCGCGCUGUCACCGAGGCCUUCGUGCGGCUCUUCAGGGCGGGGCUGAUCCGGCGUGACCAGAGGGUGGUGACGUGGAGCUGCGCCCUGCGCUCGGCGCUGGCCGACAUCGAGGUGGAGCCCCGUGUCCUGACGGGCCCCACGGCGCUGAAUGUCCCCAACUGUCCCCACCCCGUCACCUUCGGCGUCCUCGUCACCUUCGCCUACCCCGUGGAGGGGGACGACGGGCUGGAGGUGCCCGUGGCCACCACCCGUCCCGAGACGCUCUUUGGGGACGUGGCCGUGGCCGUGCACCCGCGGGACCCGCGCUACCAGGUGGGGGCGGGGCCGAGCCUGGAGGGGCGGGGUGUGUCCCCAGGGGCGGUGAAGGUGACCCCCGGGCACAGCCCCCAGGACCUGGCGCUGGCCCGGGCCCACGCGCUGCCGCUGCUCUCGGUCAUCGCCGACGACGGCACCUUGUGUCCCCCGGGCGGGGGGUGGCUGCAGGGUGUCCCCCGGUUCGAGGCCCGUGCCCGGGUGGUGGCAGCGCUGGCGCAGCGGGGGCUGCUCCGGGGGGUGCAGGACCACGCCAUGACCCUGCCCCUCUGCAGCCGCUCGGGGGACGUGGUGGAGUUCCUGCUGAAGCGGCAGUGGUUCCUCAGCUGCGGGGACAUGGCCCGGGGGGCGCUGCAGACAGGCCACUCAGAGGAUAAGGAUGGUGGGCGUGUCCCAUGGGUGGUGGGCGUGGUCUCAGCAGUGGUGGGCGUGUCCCAUGGGUGGUGGGCGUGGUCUCAGCAGUGGUGGGCGUGCCCCAGGAGUUAUGGGGGGGGCCUCAGAUGUGGUGGGCGGGCUUUCAGCUUUUGGGGGCAGGGUCUCUUCUGGGCCUGUCCCAGCUGUUCUGGGCGUGGCUCCAGCUGUGGUGGGCGUGUCCCACCUGUGCUGGGCGUGGUCUCAGCAGUGGGGGGCGUGUCCCAGGUGUUAUGGGUGGGGGCUCAGGUGCAGUGGGUGUGGUCUCACCUGUUUUGGGCGUGUCCCAGCUGUAGUGGGCGUGGUCUCUGCAGUGGUGGGCGUGUCCUAGCUGCGGUGGGCGUGUCCCAGCGGUGGUGGGCGUGGUCUCCGCAGUGGUGGGCGUGUCCCGGCGGUGGUGGGCGUGUCCCCAGUGUCCCCAUUUCCCCUCCCCGCAGGGACUGGUGCCUGUCCCGCCAGCUCUGGUGGGGCCACCAGGUGCCCGCCUACCAGGUGCGGGGUGGCCCCGCCCCCGCGUGUCCCCAGGGGGGUCCCCGAGGUCCCCAGGGGGGUCCCCAGGGGGGUCCCCAGGAGGAGGGGCCGUGGUUCGUGGGGCGCAGCGAGGCCGAGGCGCGGGCGGCGGCCGCGGGGGCCCUGGGCUGCCCCCCCGAGGAGCUGCACCUGCAGCAAGACCCCGACGUGUUGGACACCUGGUUCUCCUCCGCCCUCUUCCCCUUUGCCGCCCUGGGCUGGCCUGAGCAGAGCCCCGAUCUGGCCCGUUUUUACCCCAAUUCCGUGCUGGUGACGGGCAGUGACCUCCUGUUCUUCUGGGUGGCCCGGAUGGCCAUGCUGGGCCAGCAGCUCACGGGACAGCUGCCCUUCGCACAGGUGCUGCUGCACUCCCUGGUGCGGGACCCCCAGGGCCGCAAGAUGAGCAAAUCCCUGGGGAACGUCAUCGACCCCCGCGACGUCAUCGGGGGGGCCACGCUGCAGGAGCUGCAGGAGAAGCUCCAGACCCGGACCCUGGACCCACAGGAGCUGCAGGCAGCCCAGGAGGGGCAGGUGGGAAGGGACCCCAAAAUCACCCCUGAAUUCCACCUGGCCCUGAGCACCCGCAACGCCCACGGCCCCGAAAUCCGUGUGGGCGUGGCCUCGGUGCUGACUCAGCGCCGCUUCUGCAACAAAAUCUGGAACGCGGUGGGCUUCGUGCUGAGGGCCCUGCAGGGGGAGAGGGACCCCCCGAAGCCCCCCGAGGAGGUGGUCCCGCUGGCCCCCCUGGACCGCUGGCUGCUGGCCCACCUGGCCGCGGCCGUGGCCGAGUGUGGCCGCAGGAUGGAGGCGCUGGAGGUGCAGGGCGCCGUGGCCGCCGUGCAGAGCUUCUGGCUGCGCAGCUUCUGCGACGUCUACCUGGAGGUGGCCAAGGGGUCGCUGCGGUGCCCGGAGCUGCGGGCCGGCGCCCUGGCCACGCUGGUGGCCGCGGCCGAGCUGGGGCUGCGCCUCCUGGCCCCCUUCGCCCCCUUCGUGGCCGAGGAGCUCUGGCAGCGCCUGCCCAGGGGGGGGGGGGGGUUCCUGGGUGGUUUUUGGGGUUCCCGGGGGUUUCCUGUGUGGUUUUUGGGGUUCCCGGGGGUUUCCUGUGUGGUUUUUGGGGUUCCCGGGGGUCUCAGCCCCGUGCCCCCCCAGGCGCGCUGGCGCAGCCCCGAGCUGGAGGCGCAGGUGGCGGCCAUGCUGGAGCUGGUCCGGGCCGUGCGGGGGCUGCGCGAGGCCCUGCGGCUCGGGGGGGCCGCGCGACCCCCAGUGCUGGUGCAGGGCCCGGAGCUGGCUCACGAUUGGCUGGAGCAGCUCGGCCCCGCCUUCCGGACGCUCUCGGGGGCGGGGCCUGUGCAGCUCCUCCCCCCGGGGGCGGAGCCGGGGCCGGGCUGGGCGGGGGCUCCCGCGGCUUCCGGAACCUUCGUGCACCUGAGCCUGCAGGGAGCCCCAGAUCGGCCCCGGGAGCCCCGGGGGACGGCGGCGGCACCCGCGGCCACCUCAGGUACCCGUGUGUCAUCUGUCACCUGUGUGUCACCUGAAUGUCAUCUGUGUCAUCUGUGUCACCUGUGUCACCCGUGGCCACCUCAGGGUUUUGGGGACAGCGGUGUCACCACCCCUGGGGACCUUGGGGACACUGGGGACAGUGACGUCACCUGUCUGAGGGACACUGGGGACCUUGGGGACGUUGGGGACAUUGGGGAUGGUGACGUCACUGCCCCGGGGGACAUUCCGGCUUUUGGGGACAGCGACGUCACCGCUCUGAGGGACCUUGGGGACCUUGGGGACAGCGAUGUCAUCACCCCCAGAGGUGCUGGGGACGGGGAUUUUGGGGCCCUGGUGGCCGUGGCGUGCCGGGCCGGCGGCAUCACCAUCACCGUGGUGGCCCCGCCCCCGGAGGAGGAGGAGGCCCCCGAUGAUGACGUCAUCGCCUAUGACGUCACCGCGGCUGGGGAGGGCGGUGACGUCACAGAGGGGAGGGGCAGCCCCUCCCCCCCACCCAGCGGUGACAUCACGGCCGAGGGUGACGUCACUGCUGAUGUCACCGGUGGUGAUGACGUCACUUCCUCUGCCCCGGAGCCAACCCUCGCUGGUGACGUCAUCGCCGGCAGUGACGUCAUCGCCUCCCACCCCGGGGGUGGCAUCGCCGAUGACGUCACCACAUCCAGGAGUGACAUCGCCGGUGAUGUCAUCGCCCCCGGGUGUGACCUCAUCGAUGACAUCGCCGUCAGCCGUGACCUCACCGAUGACGUCACCACCGAGAGCGGCUUCCCGCGGGACCUGGAUGACGUCAUCGAUGACGUCAUCACCCUGCACGACCUCACCGAUGACGUCAUCAUCCCUGAGAGCGACGGCACCGAUGACAUCAUCGAGUGUGGCUUCCCUGAUGACGUCAUCGCCUGGGGUGAGGUCACAGCCCCGCCCAGCAGUGACGUCAUCGAUGGCGCCAUUGGUGUAGAGGCCGGCAUUGAUGACGUCAUCGGCAUCUGCCACGCCCCUCCCCUUCCCGGUGAUGACGUCAUCGAUGACGUCAUCCCUGGCGGGCAUCUCCUCGAUGACAUCACCCACCGAGACGCCCUCACCGAUGACGUCACCGAGAGUGACAAUGACGUCACCUCCCCCGGGCUGGGCCCACUCCCCGCCGAUGACGUCAUCACCGCCGAUGACGUCACUUCCUCCCUGCUGGGUGACGUCACCGGGGACCUCGACGCUGCCUGGGACGACCUCGCUGAUGACGUCACCGCCGAUGACGUCACGGCCGACGAUGACGUCACGCCCUUCCUCCCCUUGGACUGCCCCCCGGGCCCCGAGGACAUCGACGAUGACGUCACCGAUGACGUCACGCCGGGGGCGGAGCAGCCGCUCCUCGGCACCGCCCCCUUCGGCCGCCGCCAUGACGCCGGCGAUGACGUCAGCGAUGACAUCACCGAGGACGCGCCCCGAGGGGGCGGGGGUCGGGGCCACCCCGGGCGGUGA